UCAAUUUCACACUUAGUGUUCGUAGUUACGUACCCGAUUGCGACCCCCCCUUUGACAAUACCGUCGCUGGUGUCCGCAUUCCCUUCACGCCGAUAACCUCUCCCUUCGCGACUCAGUGGUUGCUCCUCGCUCACGCUUCACGCUGAAGGCAUGAAUGCAUUCAAGGCAUACAAGGCAUGUGUCCCAAUUGCUUGGAGCCCCAAUCUGUAUAUAACUCUAGUGAGGGGCAUUCCGGGAACCAGGAGGCUUCACAGGCGUACUUUGGAGGCACUUCGCCUGCGCAAAUGCAAUCGAACUGUCAUGCGAUGGAACACGCCUACUGUUAGGGGAAUGCUUCAACAGGUCAAGAGGUUAGUUGUUAUCGAGACAGAGGAGAUGUACAAAGCCCGCAAACAGAAGGUGGAAGCUCACCGAGCUCUACGUCCUCCAUUGAUCAUAAAUCACAAACCUCCUUCGGUUACUGAUGUUUUAUAAAUCUGCGGUGUUCCCAAAA